AUGGUAGAAGUUUCAGAGGUGGGAGGGUCAAGUACCCGUGCUGCUGAAUUUGAAGUUACUAAAACCAAGAGGAAGGUAGAGAACGUUAAGAAUAAGGGGAAGGAAGUUCAGAUUUCUGAGACAGGGAAACGAAAAAGAAAGGUUGUUGCUGGAGAGAAGCAGAAGGAAGCACCUCGCGGAAAAAGUCAGAAACGAACUCCGGGGGGGGGGGGGGGGGGAGGAAAUAAAGCCGCUUUGAACUAUCGAUGCAGCCCGAAAGAGAUUCUUAGUCAUGUUAAGCCUCCUUUAUCUGAUGGCAUGGUACAAUUGAUUAAGCAGUUGGGUGUGGAUUUUGUGUUUUUGAUGAAGAUGAAGCAUCAGGACAAUGAACUUAUUAAGUUCAUUAUUUCAAGGUGGGAUGGGAAGAACAAGUGUAUCAAAUUGGAUGAUGGGAAGAAUAUUUGCAUUACAGAAGAGGAUGUUUACCGAGUUUAUGGCCUUCCAAGGCGACCAAAUGUUGUUUCUUUGCUGAAAACAUCAAAGGAUAAUUCUAAGCUUGCUAAAAAUUAUGGUUUCAGUAAAACAGGGAAGGGGACUGUUGCUUUUGAUAAUUUGAGGACUUGUAUGGGAGCAGAGAAGUCUGAUGAUUCUAGGUGGUGA